AUAGCUUGCACCGACAGCUAGAUAGCCAAGAGGCCGCGUAGACGAAGGACAUUACUAUAACGAGUAUUAUUUUGCAGCCAUCGACAUCUCUCGCUUGACAGGCAGGCCACUACGGCAAGGAUUCGAGGCAUAAGCAGAAGAAUCAGAAAAAGAUGAUCAAAAAACAUAACCAUGACGAGCCAGCGUGCCGCAGUGACCCCUCCAUGUUCUCGUUCUCCACAGUCCCACCCGCAACCCGAAGUCGCGGUCUUCCGACCGAUCGAUUCGAGCUCCCUCCCUUUCCGCGUCAUAGGCCGGGGGCGUUGUCUGGGUCAGGAACCCACACUCCAACCACGGGUAGUCGGUUGUCCAGUCAACAGUUUCUCACGCACACAACCCCUCUUCUCUCCCUCCCUCACUGCAAACUGCGCCUCGAUAGUGGACCCCGCCAAGUUCCAACACCACAUACCAAGCCCAACACCCUCUUUGCGAAACAAACCAAGCCGCCCGCACACCCGUCUGCAGCGCCGUCUCCACUUUGUUCUGCCCCCUCCCCGAUUCCUUCGAAUUCUCCGCUUGGCCCCAGGCAUAAACGCCUAAUUUAGAACCUCGUUGCGAACGCGCACACAAUGACUCGCCUCGCCUCGACUCGCCUUGACCCGCGCUCACUCUCACUCUCACUCUCACCCCGCC